AGCACCAAGCUAAGAGAGAAACGCUUUGUAGCCGGCAUAGCUUGCAUUUGUACGUCGUCUGAAACGAAUGUCUUCAGGAUAUGUUCUCUUUCCAUCUCAUCCUCAAUUUGCCUGUCAAUUACUGCACCUAGCUAGAAUCAAGCUACUAUAUAUACAACUAGCAAGAAGGAUGCAUCACCUCACCUCAACCUCAUCAGCUCUCGACGACUCCAUCGUCAUCGACAGACACUACUCCAUCAAUCACAGCCAGCACCUAGCUGCUAGCGUCAUCCAUCCAUGGACAUGGAGCGUCGUCAAGAUGACCUCCGUUUCAUAGAAGAAGACGAAGACGGCCACAACGACGGCCACCGAGCGGCGGCGGCAAGCUUCCACCACGACGUCUUCCUCUCCCUAUCCUGCGGCUCCUCCUCCUCCUCGUCGUCCUCCGGGGAAGCAGCAGGCAGCACGCCACCACGAACACGCCGUCACCGGCGGCGGCGAGGGCAGGCGUUCGCUUGCACGACGUGCGGGCGGCAGUUCGCAACGUUCCAGGCGCUGGGCGGCCACCGGACCAGCCACCUCCGGCGACCCCCGGCGAAGCCGAAGCGAGUGGUGGCGCACGCGUGUGGCACGUGUGGGCUGGGCUUCGCGACGGGCCAGGCCCUUGGUGGCCACAUGAGGAGGCACCGAUGGGCUGCUGGUCCAGCUAUGGGUCCUGGUGAUUUGGACCUCACCCAGGUCAUCGUGCUCAAGGAAAGGCCCAGUUCGACCUCCUCCUCCUUGCAGCUACUCGACCUGUUCGUGUAGAUCAAGCAAAAAAGAAUAAUCCUGUAUAUAUUAUAUACCUACUAGUAGGUUUUCAGUCUAAAAUAAAAUGUUCACAGUUGUGACAAAUAAUGUGUGUAUACUAUA